CUUUUAAAUAGUAUUAAUUUGCCUGCAACUGCUGGUGAAAUAAUUCCAAAACUUCGUAAACUUCAAGCACAGUUUAUUGGUCUUAAAGAUCUCAAUCUAAUUUUAGAUGUGAAAACACGAUGGAAUUCUACUCAUAAUAUGCUUACACGAUCAUUAGAACUACGUAAAGCUUUAGAUGCAGUUGCAAGCCUUGAUAAAGAUCUUCAAUCAUUAAAACUUGAUCAUAAUGUGUGGAAUAAAAUUCAGGAAGUUGCAAAUAUUUUAAAAAUAUUUUUACGAGUGAUACAAAUAAUUUCUUUAGCAAAAUAUCCUCUACUUGCCUCUACUAUACCUAUAUAUAACUAUUUAAUUAAAGAGCUUGAACUGUAUCACAAUAAUCUGGACUUAUCUUAUGAAGUAACUAUAGCCAUAAAUAUGGGUUUGAAAAAGCUAAAGACAUAUUAUUCCAAAACAAAUGAUUUAGCAAUAUAUACAAUCGCAGUUAUGCUCGACCCAUGGCUAAAAUUAG